UAUGCGAAUCGAUUUCCGCGUCCUGGUGAAUGCAUACGAGGUAACUCAUUUGAAGUUGGUUGCGGUGGACGGGGCGCCAAUCAAGCAGCGCAAAUUGCGAGACUCGGUGGAAGGGUUGUUAUGAUUGGAAGGGUUGGCAAUGAUGUGUUCGGACCGUUGAACAUUGAAAAUCUUCGAAAUACUGGAGUGAUUACGGAUUAUAUUGAACGAAGCGAUACGGCCGGAACGGCAACUGCUAUGGUAACGGUCACUGAGGAGGGUGAAAACUCAGUUGUUGUCAUAUUGGGUGCCAAUCUGGAAAUAAAGCCAUCACGAGCCGAGCAAUUGGAAGCCUUAAUUGCAAAUUCGAAAAUUCUACUCACUCAGUUCGAAAUUCCGUAUGAUACACUGAAACGUGCAUUCCAAAUAGCCAGGAAACAUAAAGUAAAGGUAUUUUUCAAUUUGGGUCAGUCCGCGCCUGAUUUUGAUCCAAGUAUCCUGGGAUUGGUCGACGUUCUGUGUAUGAAUGCGAGUGCGGUGAGUGAAGUACAAUUUAUCUCACAAUUAGGAUAUUUUUAA